AUGCUCGGGCCCCGGCUGCUGCUGUUCCUCUCCUGCGGGGGUGCCCUGCUCAGCGCCGGUCUGGACGACAGCUCCUUGGUGCCCCCAGGCCUCCAGAGGCUGAAGGACUCCCCGCAGACAGCUCCAGACAGGGGCUGGUGCUCCACAUGGGGGGCCAGCCACUUCUCCACCUUCGACGGCCACGUGUAUGAUUUCUCGGGGACCUGCAACUACAUCUUUGCGGCCAUGUGCAAGGAUGCCUCGUCCACCUUCAGCGUGCAGCUACGGCGAGGGCCGAGCGGGAACAUCUCCCGGGUCAUCGUGGAGCUGGGGGCCUCUGUGGUCACUGUGGAGAAGGCGGUCAUCUCCGUCAAGGACAUGGGGGCCGUCAGCCUGCCCUACACCAGCAACGGGCUCCAGAUCACACCCUUCGGCCAGAGCGUGCGGCUGGUGGCCAAGCAGCUGGAGCUGGAGCUGGUGGUCAUGUGGGGUCCGGGCACCCACCUCAUGGUCCUGGUGGAGAAGAAGCACAUGGGCAAGAUGUGUGGGCUGUGUGGGAACUUCGACGGUGAGAAGACAAAUGAGUUUCUGAGCGAGGACGGCCGACCCCUGGAGCCCCCCAAGUACGCCGCCCUCCAGCAGCUGGAUGACCCCAGCGAGAUCUGUGCCUAUGAGGCCAGCCCCAGCCCCCGGGUCCUGCAGGCAGGGAACGCCCAGACCUGCAUCCAGCUGCUGACCCUGGUGUCCCCCGAGUGCAACGUGCCCAAGGAGCCCUUCCUGCUGAGCUGCCGGGCGGACAUGGCCACGUGUGCCCAACCCGGCCGGCACAACUGCAGCUGUGCCACGCUAUCUGAGUACUCGCGCCAGUGCAGCAUGGCCGGCCAGCCCGUCAACAGCUGGCGGGGCCCUGGCCUCUGUUCUGUGGGCCAGUGCCCAGCCAACCAGGUGUACCGGGAGUGCGGCGAGACCUGCGUGAGGACCUGCUCCAACCCGCAGCACAGCUGCUCCAGCUUCUGCACCUUCGGCUGCUUCUGCCCGGAAGGUAUGGUUCUGGACGACAUCUCCAAAAACCACAGCUGCGUGCCUGUCCCCCAGUGCCCCUGCAUGCUCCGCGGGGUGGUCUACGCCCCUGGGGAGGUCACGACAGCCGCCUGCCAGACCUGCCGGUGCUCCGGGGGCCACUGGGAGUGCGUGGAGCGGCCCUGCCCCAGGCGCUGUGCCCUGGAGGGCGGCUCCUUCGUCACCACAUUCGACGCCAGGCCCUACCGCUUCCACGGCACCUGCACCUACAUCCUCCUCCAGAGCCCCCAGCUCCCCGACGGGGGCUCGCUCAUGGCCGUGUACGACCAGUCUGGGUACUCACGCUCGGAGACAUCGCUGGCCGCUGUCAUCUACAUGUCCAGCCAGGACAAGAUUGUGAUUUCUCAGGACGAGGUGAUCACCAACAACAGGGACACCAAGUGGCUGCCGUAUAAGACUCGCAACAUCACAGUCUUCAGGCAGACAUCCACCCACAUCCAGAUGGUCACCACCUUCGGGAUGGAGCUCGUGAUCCAGCUGUGGCCCGUGUUCCAGGUGUACAUCACUGUCGGGCCCCAGUUCAGAGGCCAGACCAGAGGGCUCUGCGGCAACUUCAACGGGGACACGACGGACGACUUCACAACCAGCGUGGGCAUCGCCGAGGGCACCGCCUCGCUCUUCGUGGACUCCUGGCGGGCAGGAAACUGCCCAGCCGCGCUCGAGCGUGAGACUGACCCCUGCUCCAUGAGCCAGCUCAACAAGGUGUGCGCGGAGACCCACUGCGCGGUGCUGGUGAAGAAGGGCACGGUGUUCGAGAAGUGCCAUGCCGCCGUGGACCCCAAGCCCUUCUACAAGAGGUGCGUGUACCAGGCCUGCAACUACGAGGAGACCUUCCCGCACAUCUGCGCCGCCCUGGGCGACUACGCCCUCGCAUGCACCUCGCGGGGCGUCCUGCUCCAGGGCUGGAGGAGCAGCGUGGACAACUGCAGCACCCCUUGCACAGGCAACCAGACGUUCAGCUACGACAGCCAGGCCUGCGACCGCACGUGCCUGUCGCUGUCCGACCGUGAGGCUGAGUGCCACCCCAGCGCCGUGCCCGUGGACGGCUGCAACUGCCCCAAGGGCACCUACCUGAACCACAAGACCGAGUGUGUGCGUAAGGCCCAGUGUCCCUGCCUCCUGGACGGCUCCAAGUUCAUCCUGGCCGACCAGUCCACCAUGGUCAAUGGCAUCAUCUGCUACUGCGUCAACGGGCGGCUGAGCUGCCCGGCACAGCCUCAGAUGCUCUUGGCAACCUGCUCGGCCCCCAAGACGUUCCAGUCCUGCAGCCGGUCCUCGGAGGACAAGUUCGGGGCGGCCUGCGCCCCCACCUGUCAGAUGCUGGCCACCGGCACCCCCUGUGUGCCCACCAAGUGUGAGCCUGGCUGUGUCUGUGCCAAGGGGCUCUACGAGAACGCCAACGGGCAGUGUGUGCCCCCCGAGGAGUGCCCGUGCGAGUUUGCAGGCGUCUCCUAUCCCAAGGGCGCCGAGCUCCACACGGACUGCAAGAGCUGCAUCUGCUCUAGGGGGACAUGGUCGUGCCAGCAGAGUGCCCACUGCCCAUCCACCUGUACCCUCUACGGGGAGGGCCACGUGGUCACCUUCGACGGGCAGCGCUUCGUGUUUGAUGGCAACUGCGAGUACAUCCUGGCCACAGACAGCUGCGGUGCCAGCGACUCGCAGCCCACCUUCAAGAUCCUUACAGAGAACGUCGUGUGUGGGAAGUCAGGCGUCACCUGCUCACGGGCCAUCAAGAUCUUCCUGGGGGGCCUGUCCAUCGUGCUGGCGGAUAGGAACUACACGGUCAGCGGGGAGGACCCCAGCAUGCACUUCCGGGUCAAGGCCAGCUCCCUGCACCUGGUGCUGGAUGCCACCAUCAGCAGCACAUACCACCUGACCCUCAUCUGGAACAAGCACAUGACCGUCUUCAUCAAGAUCGCCCGUGCCUCCCAGGACGCCCUCUGCGGCUUGUGCGGCAACUACAACGGGAACAUGAAGGACGACUUCCAGACACGCAGCAAGUACCUGGCGUCCAGCGAGCUGGAGUUCGUGAACUCCUGGAAGGAGAGCCCGCUGUGCGGGGACACCACCUUCACGCUGGACCCCUGCAGCCUCAACACCUUCCGUCGCUCCUGGGCUGAGCGCAAGUGCGCCAUCAUCAACAGCCAGACCUUCGCCGCCUGCCACGGCCAGGUGUACCGCCUGCCUUACUAUGAGGCCUGCGUGCGCGACGCGUGUGGGUGUGACGCCGGUGGGGACUGCGAGUGCCUGUGUGACGCCGUGGCCGCCUACGCCCAGGCCUGCCUGGACAAGGGCGUGUGCGUGGACUGGCGGUCCCCAGACUUCUGCCCCAUCUACUGCGACUUCUACAACACCCACACGCACGUGGGCGGCGGCAAGUACCAGUAUGCCCAGGAGGCCAACUGUACAUGGCACUACCAGCCAUGCCUCUGCCCCGAGUGGCCGCAGAGCGUCCCGGGCGCCAACAUCGAAGGCUGCUACAACUGCUCCCAGAACGAGUACUUCGACCACGACAAGGGGAUGUGCUUGCCAUGCAGACCUCCUGGGACUCCCUACCCCACAACAACAGCAUGUGUGCCACACUCAGGCUUGCCUGGCACAGAAACCAGGCCCACCACAGCCACGGCCAGUACCACAGUGACCCCCAGCACCACUGGGCUGAGCUCCCCCAGACCCUCGCCAAGCUCCCCGGCCACACCUGAGGCCCCGACCCGGACACCCAGCCUUCCGGCCACAGCCACAGCCCCCACCACCCGGACACAACCAACAUUCUCCUCGGGAGAGUCGUCUCGAACCACCUCCACUGUCACCACACGGGCCACAGCAGCGCCGACCGCCACGGCCACUCGAAGGUCGACAGCCACAGCACCCACCGUGACCCGGGCCACAACGCAGCCCACAGGAUCCUCCCCCAGCACAGCCACGCGGUCCACAGCUCGGUCCACGGCGCGAACCACAGCAGCCCCGCCAACCCCGGCAACAUCAGGGACCUCCACAGUGUCCCCCGCAAACUCGCCACUGACAAAGACCACAACAGGGACCACCAUACCCAGAACCCCGCCACUGACAAAGACCACAAUAGGGACCACGCGAGCCCAGAACUCGGUCAGCACAGCCACAACCUCCACGGCCCCGGUAUCACACUCUACUUCAAAUGCCCUCCAUGUAACCACGUCCCCACCAUUCACCACCAACUCCCGUAAAUCCACCACUAGAGGUGCAGGCGUGACACACACCACCACCGCCAUCCACACUGGGCCACACACCCCUUUCACCACUCACUCCACCCCUACCCGUUCUGUCCCCACCACCUCCCAAACAACAGCUCCAUCCACGGGAACACCCUUCCAGACCACUACCACCUACCCUAUCACAUCACACCCAGAGACCCUCCCCAUCCAUGUGUCAACAUCUGCCACUUCUUUGGUGACUCCAACCUCUCACCGAGUCAUCACCCCAACAAGGUCCCACACUACCUCCACCACUCCAAAGCCAACUGGCACCCCACCCACAUCAACACACAGCACAACAGGGACCGCCACACCCACUGCCCCACUGUUGACGAAGACCACGACUGGGACCACGCGAGCCCAGAACUCGGUCAGCACAGCCACAACCUCCACGGCCCCGGUAUCACACUCUACUUCAAAUGCCCUCCAUGUAACCACGUCCCCACCAUUCACCACCAUCUCCCUUAAAUCCACCAGUAGAGGCACAGGGACACCCGUGACACACACCACCACGGCCACCCACACUGGGCCACACACCCCUUUCACCACUCACUCCAUCCCCACCCGUUCUGUCCCCACCACUUCCCACACAACAGCUCCAUCCACAGGAACACCCUUGCAGACCACUACCACCUAUCCCAUCACAUCACACCCAGAGACCCUUCCCAUCCACGUGUCAACAUCUGCCACCUCAUCGGUGGCUCCAACCUCUCACCGAGUCAUCACCCCAACAGAGUCCCAUGCUACCUCCUCCACCCCAAAGCCAACUGCCACCAUCAUGCCUGUCAGGUCCUCCUUCUCACCUCCAUCCUCUCCCACCCUGUCCCCUCUCCCCACUUCCAGUACCACAGUCCUGCCUACCUCCCGGACCACAGCCAGCAACCCCACCUCCUCAGCUCUGUCCUCUCGGUCCACUACCUCACAGCCCACCUCUCUCACGACCCGAGCCCCUACGCAGGGCCUCCUGUCUUCUACCCUGGGGGUGACAGCCAUCCCGAAUUCUCCAGCCACCAACCUCACCACCAGACAGCCAAGUACCACCGGGUUGCCGGCCACCGUAUUCCUGACCAGCUCCAUCACUGCGCAUGGAAGCUCCUCCUUGCCCACUGCCGGGUCCUUUUCCACCAGGGGCCAAUCCAUCUCCUCUCUCAUCACAUCUCUACCCAGUUCUCCAGGGACCUGCAGCGUGAGGGAGUUUGAGGAAGAGGUCACUUACCAGGGGUGCACGGCCAACGUGACGGUGACCCGCUGCGAGGGCGUCUGCGCCUCCUCAGCCAGCUUCAACACCGACACCAUGCGAGUGGACACCAACUGUAGCUGCUGCCACCCGCUCAGCUCCCACGAGAAGCAGCUCGUGCUGCCCUGCCCGGACCCCAGGGUGAGGGGACAGCGGCUGACGCUCACGCUGCAGGUAUUCAGCAGCUGCACGUGCCGCUCCCAGCGCUGCAGAGACUAG